UCAGAAUUCCAUUCCGGCCACAUUUACUCCUCGCGAGCCUGGAUUCUAGGCAUGGCGUCGAGUGUAGCGAUCCCAUGGCUUUAGCGCUGGCAUGAAACGCAAGAGGUCCGACGGUUGCACUUUUUCUCUGCGUCUUGUUGGUUGCGCGUGUUCUUCGACUAGCCCACAGCAAGUUUGCGAUCCCGGCGUACGAAGGAGCGUACGCCUGUCGGACUUUUACUUCGUCGGAUAACCCGUUUCUGAUCAUGCAGUCGUUUUGGAGAGCGCGUAAGAUCGACGAGGUGACGUCGGACGACGAUAAGAUCGCGCCCGUGUACCGCCUGGACGAGAUAUGCCAGGACCUGCAGGCGAGCCCGGGCGACACAGUGAAGGAGGUGGUUGACUACAUCAUGCAACGCGUCAACCACGCCUCUCCCUUUGUCAAGCAAAAGGCCCUGCGGCUGAUAAAAUACACAGUAUCCCGCGCGGGCACGGAGUUCCGCCGCAGCAUACAGCGCCACUCCGCGGCCAUCAAGGGCAUGGUGCACUAUCGCGGACAGCCGGAUCCGUUAAGAGGCGACGCGCCCAACAAGGCCGUCAGGGAGAUGGCGCAGGAGGCCGUGCAGGCCAUCUUCAACCCGCAGAACGACGUCAAGCCCGGCGCAGGCUCCAUGGGCGGCGGUGGUGUCAGUGGCGGUGGGGCGUCUACAGGGGGUGGCUAUAGCGGGGGGUACGGAGGCGGAGGUGGGAUGGAGGGCGGGCGGCGCAGAAUGGAGGGAUUCGGAAGCACGCCGGUCAGGGAGAACGGGGGUCCUGGGGGAGGAGGAGGGGGAGGGAGAGGUGGUGGGGGAGGGGGGGCAGGAGGCAUUGGGGCUGUGCUGGGCGUGAGUAGUGAGUCCAUUCGGCAGGGGAUUAGCAAGCUGACGGGUGUGGUAGUUCCAGGAGGAGGAGGGCCGGGAGGAAGGGCGGGUCAGUUUGAAGAAGCAGCAGGCGGGGGGAGCUACGUUGGCCCACGGUUGGACUCGGUAGGAGGUGGGGAUGCUUACGGGUACGGAGACGGGGGGUAUGGAGACGCGUCUUCCUAUAACCAGCAGCGGUACUCGCCUCACGCUUCCUCCUCCUCCGCCUCGUCAGGCGGGUCCAAGUCCAAGUAUGUGGGGUUCGACCGGCAGGGGCGCACGUUUGACUCGUCCACCAACUCGUACUCGCCUGCUGCCGCGCCUGCUGCCUCCUACUCUGGUUCCGGCAGGGACAGAGAGUACGGGUCAGACCACGGGUAUAGAGCAGGCGGGGCUGAGGAGGAGCGGGUGGUGGAGGGCAUGACUGGGGCGGGCGGGGUGCGGCUGCAGCCCACACGGGAGGCGCUGAGGGGCUUCAUCGCGAGCUUGGGCAAGCUGAACGCCGGCGCUGUGGCUCAGGCCCUGGAGGCCCGCCUCGCUAGCAACCUGUGGCAGACGCGUCUGAAGGCCAUGUGUGUGGUGGAGGCAGUGCUGCGGCAGGAGGGCGACGCGCAGUGCGAUGCCAUCUUUGACCACUUCGUGGACAGCCCCCACGCGCUGCAUGACAACGUGGACUCGCCUCAGACGUCCCUCAGAGACAAGGCCAAGCGGGUGCUUGACCUCCUGGGCUUGCGCCACCAGCAGGGGGGGCAGGCAUCCCCGCAGCCAGCAGCAGCAGCAGUUGACGUGCCGGACUUGAUCGACGUGGGUGAAGACGAGGCGCAGGGAGCGGAUGGCGGAGGAGGAGCUGGUGGAGAUCUAGGAGCGAUCGCGAGUGACGGGUCGUCUGUAUCACACGUGUCUGGUGGGUUGGGAGUCGGGGUUUCUCCUGUGGCUUCUACAGGCGUGGAUGACCUCUUGGGAGGGGGGGAUGACCUACUCAGUUCCUUGCAUUCUGCCACCCCUCCUCCUCCUCCUCCUGCUGCUGCUGCUGUAGCGCCAUCUGCCCCUGCUCCCACUACAGCCGCUGCAGCUGUAGCCGUGGACCCUUUUGCUGCUCUCUCUGGCGACCUCACAGGGCAAGCGUCCGACCUCUUUCAAGGGAUGAGCCUCAACAGCCAAGGGCCGGACGCGAACCACCAGCAAGGACCGGCACCAACUGCUGCUGCAGGUGGUGCUAACGGUGCUGGUGCUGGUGCUGGUGGGGGAGGAGGAGGAGGGGAGGAUCUGUUUGCGGGUAUGAGUGUGAACCAGCAGCAAUCGCAACCACUUUCUGCAGGCUCGGUGAAGCCAAAGCCGGCUGCCUCACCUUCAGUCUUGCUCCAGCAGCAGCAGCAGCAGCAGGCAGGGCAGCAGUGGGGAAUCGGGGCAGUGGGCAUGCUCGGUGUGCCCAUGACCAUGCCCGCUCCCUUGGCGCCUGGACCAGCAGUAGCAGGGGGAGGAGUGGGAGGAAUGAACAUGGGCAUGGGCAUGGGCAUGGGCAUGGGUGCAGGGCCAGGCAUGCAUCCUAUGAUGGUCCCCGUGCCUAUGAUGGUCCCCCCUGGGGGAGUCAUGAUGCCAGGUGCUCCUGGCAUGAUGCCCAUGGGUAUGGGCAUGAACAUGGGCAUGGGCAUGGGCAUGGGUAUGGGUGUCAACAUGGGAAUGGGCGGAGGGAUGGGGAUGGGGAUGGGGGGAGUUGGGGGGCCAGGCAUGAUGGGCGGAGUGGGGGGGAUGAUGGGUGCUGCGAAUGGAGGGAGGAUGGGGGGUGGAGGCCGGGCGGGCAGUGACUUUGAUUUCUCGGGGGAUCCCACGGUGCGCCCGACUCCCCCGAGUGCAUCCAGCAAGGAGGAUUCCCACGCCUUCGACUUCGUUUCGGAGCACAUAGUCGCAGCUAUGGGGACGAAGAAGGGGCCACCAGCAGCCUCAGCCAUGCGCUCCUCCUGAGUGGCAGUCAAUGAGCCUCCAGAAACAAGUGCUUGGGAAUAGUUUUGAGUUUUGAAGACAUGUGGACUAUCAUGCUUGUUACCUAACCUGGAACAGCUAUCCUUGCACCAUUGCUGUAUCAAAAACAGAGAAGUGUUGAUUGAUAGAGUGAGAGUACACACAGAUAUACCUAAGU